AUGUUCUCCAAGACCACCGUCGCUAUUACCAGCCUUUUGGCUCUCGCCCAGGCCGUCAAGGUCACCAAGCCUGCCAAGGGUGACGACUGGGACAUCUCCGCCACCAACGAGAUCACCUGGGAGACUGUUUCCAGCGACCCCAAGAGCUUCGAGAUCGUCAUCGUCAACCAGUCCGGCUACCCCGGAGUCUCCGAGACCAUCGCCAAGGUCAACGCUGCCGAUGGCAAGUACGAGCUGAAGGACCCCAAGGUCGCCGCCGGCGACGGCUACCGUAUCAACCUCGUCUCCACCGACCCCCAGAACUCUGGCAUUCUGGCUCAGUCCGAGCAGUUCACCCUCACCGGUGACUCCGACGACACCUCUUCUUCUGCCUCUGCUUCCGCUACCGCCUCGGCCAGCGCCUCCGGCUCUGCCUCUGCAUCUGCCUCUGCCACCGGUUCGUCUUCCGGCUCUGCCACCGUCACGCAGACCGCUUCUGGUCUGACCACCGUGACUGGCUCUGCCACCUCCACGGCUUCUGGCACCGCUGCCUCUAACGCCUCUGGCUCAGGUACCGCUUCUGGCACCGCCACUGGCACCGCCACUGGCACCGCUGCCUCCGGUACUUCCACCACCGCCCCCAACAGCGCCUCUGCUAUCAAGUCCACCUUUGCCAUCUUCGGCUCCGUCGCCGUUGCCGCCUACAUGCUCUUCUAA